GUCAUACCAAAACAAUACGUCUCUCUUUUUUUAAUACACAAAAGAGUUAUAAUAGACAACGACAACAUGAAGGGGAUUGUGGGAAAAAAGAAGUCUAACGACAGAGACGAAAUAAGACAGAUUUCUGAGAGCAAAAAUAAUGAAAUGUUUAGACCCCAUCGUCGAGAAGCUAGCCUUCACCUAAUAGAUCUCCCCUUGGACAUCAUCAACCUCAUCGCAGACAACAUACCACCAAGUUCCAUUGUUCUCCUUGGACUGACCUGCCAUGUAUUCUAUUCUCUCUUCUCCAAACAGAUUUCCGAGACAGCAUUGAACGCCCCAAUUUGGAGUCUACCCAUAGACUCAGAGCAAUCCAAAGCAACCUCGGUAAAUAAAAUCAAACUUCAGCUACACCAUGUACUCCAACAUUGGAGUGGAUUAUCCGGCUACAAAUACUUCAACACGGCUGAUCUGUAUAGAUUGCAAAAUCCUGCUCCAGUAGCAGAAAAGACGAACUCGACGGACAAUAAUGUUUUCUCGCUAAUCCGCGCUGCGAUGAAUAUUUUGACAGCCCUUGACGAUACUAUACGUUAUUUGAAAGAGGUCGAAUUUGGCGCUCUAACAGACAGACAAUGGAAGAUUCGAAACUCGACGAAAUUAGCCGGGGGAUUUUUCUUCAAAUGUCCCCAGCCUGAUGGAAACAACACGUACCUUUGGAAUAAUUUACCGGAGGAUGAACGCCUGGAAAUCAGGGAGUUGAUGCAGUCGUGGUCUCCUAGUGUGGAAUCAUUGAAACAUGAGUUCAACUUGCACAGACGACUCCGCUGGUCGCAAGAUAUGAUGUCCAAAUAUGCUGAGUGGAGGGAAUUGAUAGGUUUUUGAUUAAGGGUCUGGUCACCCUAUAAUCCCUA